UAAUUUUAGACAAGAGAAAAAGGAGAAACAAGAAAGAAAAUCCAAGACCUCCAUGGCAGCCGAAGAGGGUUCCAGCGGCGGCUGCGGCGGCGGCGUCGGGCACAGGAAAAGCUCGCCGGCGCAGACGAAGUCUGGAGGGACAGGCGCUGCGAAGUUCCUCACUGGGAUGCCGUCGCGCGGCAACUUCUCCUCCGGCUCCGUCUCCUCCAGCCUGGGAGGGUUUAGGGUUUACGUCUGCGAGCACAGCACGGAUCCCCCAGAAGGACAAGUUAUAGAGACGGAUACAACAAAUAUUUUAAUCAGGCAUCUCCAGUUGAAUAAACAGAAGAGUGAGGCUAAAGAUGCAGGUUCUAGGACUCCAGUGGGAAGCAACAAAGGGAAAAGAUCUGCUGUCAGAAGUUUGGAUGUCAACAAUUCAGCAAAGAGACCUAACUUGGGUACUUCAUCUGGAUCAUCAGCCUAUGAGGAACCAAUUUCUGGCUUUUCACAGCACACACUGCAAUCAUUUACAGUUGAGAGGUUGCGUGCACUUCUACGACAAAGUGGUCUCUCGACCAAAGGGAAAAAGGAUGAAUUGAUCACUCGCUUAAAGGAGGCACAGGGUUGACAUCAAGCUCAUACGUACUUUUGUUUUGUUGUUCUAACGCCUGCAGGCAUUGCUAAGAGCAGAAUGAGUUUCAGACUGUACUUGUCAGUGGCUGUUUUGUUUAGACUUAAUGAAAUGUAGUGAAAUAUUUCUAGUCAGAAUUUGUUAAGUAGCUGUUAUGUUUAGACCAUCAUUGAUUCCGUAUUUUCGCAUAUGUAACAGAUUAGAAAUGCAGAUAUGAGGAUUUAAUGCUAAGGCUCAUAUGCAUUUGCUCAUUUUGCUGAAUUCAUUAACAUGUUUCAUAUUCCUUGGACCUUAGCAUAUAUGAGAAUUUGUUUGCUGGUUUAUUUUGAUUA